GGGCUGACCGCGACCCCGGGGCAGGGGCUUCCCCGGCCCCUCCGCUGACAGCCGAGCGGACCCCUGCCCCCAGCGGCGGCUCUCACGGGCCGCCCCGGUCUCGCUCCGCAAUCCGAGUCCCCUCUUUCCGCGGGGUGACGGCCCAGGGAUCCCGGGCGCUCCCCCGCCCCGCACGCUCCUCCGCGCCAAGGCGCUACGGCUGUCCGCCGGCACGGCUCCCUCGCCGCAGGCGCCGGGUCCGGCUCUCCUCCCUGGCGCCGCUUCCCUCCUCCCCUCGCCGGCGGAGGAAGGAGGCGGCCGCCGGCCGUCCCCGACCGCGCAUGCGGCUGUGCCGGGCCGGGGCAGCGCCGCCGCGCUUGGGGGCUGAAGUGUGGGUGUCCUUUCCCCCGGCCCCGUCCCCGGCGGGCCCCCGUCAGCGCCCCUGCAGAUGGGCUUAGGCUGGAGCAGCGCGGAGGAGCGGCAGCCCCUCCUGCCGCCGCCACCACAGCAGCGGCGGCAGGAGCGGCGGCGGCCGCAGCCGCGGGGGCCCGCGGGGGGCCCGGCGGUACCGGCGGCGGUGCCGGUGCCAGUGGGGCGGCUGGCGCCGCUGGCAGGCCGCGUCUACGGGCGGCGGUGGCUGGUGCUGCUGCUCUUCUCGCUGCUGGGCUUCGCUCAGGGCCUGGUGUGGAACAGCUGGGGCCCCAUCCAGAACUCGGCCCGCCUGGCCUUCGGCUUCAGCGGCUGGGACAUCGCCCUGCUCGUCUUCUGGGGGCCCAUCGGCUUCGUCCCCUGCUUCUUCUUCAUGUGGCUCAUGGACAAGAAGGGUUUGAGGGUAACUGUGUUACUAACAUCAUCCCUUAUGGUGUUGGGAGCUGGCCUAAGAUGUGUUCCAGUUUCAGACCUAGAAAUCAGGAAGAAGCUGAUUCACGGAGGGCAGCUGCUAAACGGUUUGGCAGGGCCCACUGUGAUGAACGCGGCACCGUUUCUUUCCACCACGUGGUUUUCUCCCGACGAACGUGCCACGGCAACAGCCAUUGCAUCACUGCUCAACUACCUGGGCUCUGCCGGCGCCUUUCUGGUGGGACCUCUCGUGGUGCCGUCUCCUAACGGAACGUCUCACCCCUCGCUGGUGACGCAGAGCAACACGGAGCAUAUCAAGGACCGUAUUGAGACUGUGCUCUAUGCAGAAUUUGGGAUGGUUUCCCUGAUAUUCUCCGCAGCAUUGGCCUACUUCCCCUCACGGCCCCCGUUCCCUCCCAGCGUGGCUGCGGCGAGUCAAAGGCUCAGCUACAGGAGAAGUUUCUGCAGACUCUUAAGCAAUUUCCGAUUCCUGAUGAUUGCUUUAGCCUAUGCUAUACCACUGGGUGUUUUCUCUGGCUGGUCUGGUGUUCUCGAUUUGAUAUUAACGCCCGUUCACGUAAGCCAAGUAGAUGCAGGCUGGAUUGGAUUUUGGUCCAUAGUUGGAGGUUGUGUUGUUGGCAUAGCAAUGGCAAGAUUUGCAGAUUUUAUCAGGGGCAUGCUGAAGUUGAUACUGCUGCUGCUUUUAUCUGGAGCAACAUUAGCAUCAACCUGGUUCACUCUCACCUGUCUAACUAGUGUCACUCAUCUGCCUUUAACCACAGCUACACUGUACACAUCCUGCAUCUUGUUGGGGAUAUUCCUCAACAGCAGCGUCCCGAUAUUCUUUGAGCUCUUUGUGGAGACAGUCUAUCCUGUUCCAGAAGGGAUUACCUGUGGAGUUGUCACCUUUUUGAGUAAUGUGUUCAUGGGAGUGCUUCUGUUUUUCCUUACAUUUUACCAUACAGAGUUUUCCUGGUUCAACUGGUGCCUGCCAGGAUCAUGUCUGCUCAGCCUGCUCCUCAUCCUGUGCUUCCGUGAGUCCUACGACAGACUCUAUCUCGACGUCGUUGUCUCGGUGUGAUAACGCUGGACUGGUGAGGGGUUGGAAGAGACCUGGAAGUCAGCUUUGCAGUCUGCACAUCUGCCUGGAUUUGCACAGCUGAACAGAGGAAAAAUAAAGAAAUUGCAAGACUUAACCGUGGCUUUGUUAGAGAGGGUGAGGGACAAGCUGUUCUUCAAGACCACCUCCAUUUGCGAUAAACGUGGAACUUUGAGCGGUGAUAAUGAUGCCGAGCUGCACUAAGGGGAUGUGUCUGAUGUACAAGGUCCUGGUGCCAGAACUGGGGCUGACUGUCUCAAAGGCUGUUGAUGUAGCAGUGACGUGUACAGUCAUGUGUGUGUGUGCGUGCGUGUGUGUGUGUGCUGACUCACGGUUAUGCACAUUGGGGUACCAGGAAUCUCUGGAGUCUUCUAUCAGAACAGAGAUAGUGAAUGAUCUUAACAAAAGGAAAAAAAAAGGAUUUAAGAAAAUUGUUUUUAAAAACACUUUUAAAUUGAUAGCCAUUUAUAUGCUGAAUGCCCAUUUGACAGUUAAGCUUAAACAAUUUGGAGCUUCCACACUACACUUACAUUCUAACCUAAUGAUUUCUGAUAUAAGACACUGGUACCAGGGUUUUUAGCCAUACUAAAUAUCCCAAACAAUCCUUGCAGUGUUGUUAGAGGUGUUUGUUAUUACUCUGGAGCUCAUGUAAACGAUAGCUUUAGCUGCCACUGAAACCUGACUUGCACCCACAGUUGCCUCUGAAAUGCCACCAUGUUCUGUAUCUCGUGGAUACAGAGCAUCUGUGGUAUCUCAGGAGUUUACUGGUGAGUCUCUCUCAGUAAAUAUUGCUGUUCUAAAGGCCACCACUGUGUCACCUUUUCAUCCCUGUCUCCAGUACUGCCUUUUUUACUGUGAAGACCUGCUUGUGCCACUGAACACUGUGGGUGUCCGAGUCUCGCUAGUUCUCUGCUGAUACCCUGUGUGUGGUUUUUAGGAUACAUUUAUGACUGAGGGUGCCUAAACAGUAUUCUUUCUUAACUUCAUUCUUGAAAAUCACAAUUUCCUAAAACUAAAACAUCUUUCUAGUUGAUGAAGCACCCUGAUGGUGAGAUGACAAUGAGUUUGACACUGAGGAAUAACUCACGAGAGUUGGCAUAAUAGGGGACAUACAAUGCCAGCUCUUUUUAUCAGUACUAAUCUAUGGUCAUUCUGACCCUUACUUGAACAUUAAAUAUUAAAGACACUUGGAAUAGAUUUUUUUAACUCGAUUUUAAACCUGCUGGUAAUUUCUAAAUUAAACUCUUUUGAUGUCAGUUCAGCAUCAUUUGCAAUACUUCCAUGUGUGUGUUCUGCGGUGUGUGCCUGUGUAUUUAUAUCUAUGUAUACACAAAUAAAACUUAUAUAUAUAUCUUUUAUAUAUAAGUUGUAUAAGGGUAUGUGUUUACAUAGGUUUAUUUUAAGUAAUCCUGUCUCUGGAUGGUGGUGUGCCACCGUUUGUAACUAAAUCAGUCGCUGCUGUGGUUGGAAACUCACACGUAGGCUGUCUGCAACGGGGAAUUUUCCUGCAGGAGGUGAGUGAUUUCCUCUCAUAGCAAUUUUAUGUCAGGGGGGUGUGUGCAUGUGCUGGGGGGAGGCUGGAGUGCAGGGUUCUGCUCCUGUGCAGGGCUCUGCCCUGCAGCCCUGGGUGCUAUCAAUGCUGUAAGGUGGCUCAGAUAAGCCCUGAGCUGAGCGUGGCCUUUGGGUGCAGAUCGCUUCACUCUCCUCCUGUAGAGAGAAUGUGCCACCCAUACCUUUAACUCAGGAGUGUAUCUGUGCAGUAAAAUAAAACAAGCUGUUCCCUGCUUUUAUGUUUUCAGAGCAAUGGUUGUAUUUACUGUAGUACCAGAAAACUGACUUAGCUCAUUGCCUAUAUCAGCCACUAAAUGAUCUUUUCUGUCUUGAAGCAGGCUCUUUGUGGAAAUGGAGCCAACCUACCGUGGGAUAACUAAAUCAAUCUAACCAGCACGUUCAGAGUUGCUGGCAUCAUCCUCUUGUGUUUGUCAGAUGAAUGGUAGUAACUGUCCAACUUCUUUUUACGAUGUUUUAGUGCUCAGAAUAGUUUCAGCAUCCAGUAGCUGCUGCUACCUAUUGUCUUCUGAAACCAAGGAUGGCUUGCCAAGAGUCUGUUUGGGGUUGCAUUGUUGUGGCAGAACUACAAGCUUGGAUGGCUGUUUAGAGCUCUGCUGCUGCAAUUUACUGUAGCUUUACUAAGAUGAGAAUUGUACAGCUCGGACACUGUCCCGAGUGAUGGAGAUUUUUAAUCCUUUCACUGUCCUGACUGGUUUAAGAUAGAGAAGCUCUUCAGGCAGUGUUCACUCUUAACCCAUUGUGCCUCUGUUCCAUUGAACGAUUCAGAAUAUUUGUCAGUGCUGCUGGCUGCAGAGCUCUCCACUACAGUCAGAGGAGCAGAGUCAACAUUUUAAACCCUGUUGAUUGUUUUUCUGAAUCAGUGAGAAUUGCUCACUGCUCUCCUGAAUUUUGAGGCCUCUUUAGGAGUUUCUGUGUUUGUCUUGGGCACUGUAGUGUGUGGUCUUAACUACAACCCUUGGUGCCUCUGCACCAACGCAGAGACAUUAACCCAGAGCUGAGCAGCAUGGCUGCGCUGGGGUUGUAGGCACCGGGCUGCAGUUGAGGCUCAGCCAGAGUUCCCAGCAAGUCUGAUGCAAAUCUGCCUGAGUGAAAACCAAAGGUUUGCUCCCAGGUUGCUUGAAGUUGUGCAGGAUGGUGCUGCAUUCUGCACGCACAGUGCUCAGCCCAUAGUGUUUUGUUAGAUGAGCAACGCUGGCCUGGCACAGAGCUGAGCUUGCAAACGUGAGAACAUCUUUGAGAAGAGUUUUGUCCCCAUCUGUGCCCUGCAGCAUCAUCCUUCUGUGGAGGAGCAGUUCACUGCAUGACAGCAACCCAACCUGAGCUGUGGGAAUGGGUUUUGGGUUAUCAGUAGGUCCACCCUUGUUUUGAUUGACCCAAGGUCCGAGCGGUCAGGACAGCUGAACUUUACUGGAAGUUGGAAACCUCAGGGAGAGCCCCGAGCAGUGCUGAUACCGUUAGCAAUAGUGCAGAACAGGCUCAAACCAGUUAAUACCUCUCUUACUAAUUAGUCAGAGUUCCAAGUCUCUAAUUUUUUAGCUGGUCACAACAGGGUUUUUAGUCUAAAUGAGGCAUUACGUUGCAGUGCUGCAGAGUAGCCAGCGUUGGCUGCUGUGUGGCCUGUGAGUUGCCAGCAGAAGAAAGAGAUAACGCUGGGAAGUCACAAUAUUUACUUCUCUUCGUGGCACAUAACCUCACAGCCCCAAGAACAUUGUUUUCCCUGCAGUGCAGAGCCCCCAAACCUGCAAGUAAUUGUGCUCUGGUUGAUAUUAAAAAUGCUGGGAAGGAUGCUCUGUAGUGACUACUCUUAUUAGUUCCUCAUUUUAAGUAAGUUUCUGCUUGGCUCAGUAACAACUCCCCCCAGCUUCUGCUGCUGCCGGCUUUUCUUCUUGUGAGCUGUGGAGCUGCACUGGCUUUUGUGCUGCUAACAAGGAAGCUCGGGGUUAGCAGACAGAGGCUUCUCUUAGGGCACUGGUCACUGUCUCUCAUCACUGCUGUUACCCACUAAUUUCCUUUUGAUUCCUUCUUCCCACGUGGCUGCCUGCUCCCCUGAGCCAGAGUCAUGGAGAGGAGCUUCCUGCUCUCAGGCCAAGUUUAGAGGGAUGGGCUGGCCAACCAUCUACUUCAUGUACAUAAAAAUAGUGUUGGGUUGCUUUUGGGGUUGGUUUUUCUGUUUAGAAAACCAGGCAAGCUGAAAGAAAGUGCAGCCCCAAAGGAUUUUGCACAUAUGUGAGCAGAUAAUCUGUCACCAACAGACUAUAAUUUGCCCAAAACUUAUAAUUUUAGCUAGAGAGGCCAAGCUGAUAGGCACCAUGCAUGUUCAGGUUCACAGCAUCACAGAGCUAUUCCCAACCGUCUGACAGAGCUGCAAUGAGUGGGAGGGGGAUGUCUGUAACCUUGCAGGGGGUUGGAAAAUCCCAAACUGCUGUCUGUGUUUGCCUCAGUAACCCAGG